AGUGGUCCUGAGCACCAAGGGACAGCAGUGAACAUGCAUAUCUCAAAGGAAGUAAGGGAGGAGCAUCUCGGCCCCCUGGGGUGCCUGGACCAUAGUCCCAUCCUCCUGCUUCUGCAGCUGCUGUCUCUUGUUCUCUUGACUGGACUCCUGGUGGCCAUCCUUGUCCCAGGACCCUGGGCUGUCAGAACCCAGCAGCAAGAGAACAUCUACGAAGAAAUAGCCCAGCUGCAGCUUAAAGUAGGCCGCCUCUGCCGCCCCUGCCCCUGGGACUGGAAAUUCUUCCGGAGAAACUGUUACUUCUUCUCCAAGUCCAAACGGACCUGGAACGACUCUGUGACGGCCUGCGAGAAAGCGGGAGCGAAACUGGUCAUCAUCAACAGCACGGAAGAACAGAGCUUCCUACAGACUUCUAAGACUGCUGCCUGGAUGGGGCUCUCAGACCUGAAAGAAGCAGGCAAAUGGCAAUGGAUGGAUGGAUCUCCUCUGCACUCCAGCUUAAGGCAGUACUUGAAACCAGGGGAACCAAACAAGACAAAGGAAGAGAAUUGUGUAGAAUUAACAGACGAUGGCUGGAGCAAUGAGAGGUGUAUGCUUGAGAAGUUCUGGAUCUGCAAGAAGCACGCAGACAACUGCCCCAGCAAGUGAGGUCUCCUCUCUCCCCAGCGCCUGUGCUCAAACAACCCUGCCAAGUCGCAGACAACUACCCACAUUUAUUCCAGCCUCUUUUCCUCUGUGGGCAUUGCGUUCUUAACAAUAGCUCUGGGACUCUUCUUUGUAAGAUUGCUCAUCCUCUAUGGAACUGGAAUAUUGUCAAGCUUCUUCCUGUGCCUUUCUCCUUGUGUAGACAGAGGUCUGUGUCACUGUGUGUGACCCUCAUGCCUCUGAGACAUUAUCCCACCCCUGCAAACUUCAUCUGCUCCAAUGCUGUCCCCCUGCCCUCACCUCUUUGCUUCUGGGGACUUUUCCUGAUUGAAGUAGCUCUGCCCACAGGCUGGAAGCAGUGAAGGAUCAAUACCCCAUCGAUCAAAGACAGUCACCAGUUAAUGUAUGAAGCCCCACUCCCUCCUUACUUGGGGACAGAGGACAUGAUGUGGGCCUCCAAGAUUUCACUACAGGAAGGACAAGUUUCUCCAGCUUCUUGAAUUAGUAGAGAAGCUUUCACUUGUCAGCCCUUCCCUCCUAGACUUCGUUGUGGGAGCCGAUUUCUCCAAAGCCUGCCUGCUUCUUGGCUUAGAUCCCUUAUAUAAAGGAUGGGGAUCUGGAUAGGGAAGGCCAUUGAGGUUCCAGAGCUCCCUGUGAGGUCAGAUACAACUGCUGAGAGGCCAUGUCUGCUGGAAUUAUCCCUGUGUCCAUUCCUGCUCCCAUCUGGUGCAAAAAG